AUGCAUCAGCGCUCUGUGUCAACUCCUCCCCUCUCGCCCUCUCCCCCGCGCGGAUCUCUUUUCAACAAUAUCCCCCCCACGAACGGCAACAGUCUUCCACUGAUCCCACCUCCUGCACCUUUCUCUCACGUCCUCCAGCCUCCGUCUCCGCCUAGGACAGCCUUAGCAGACAGUUAUGACCUAACCAUCUCGCCAAACCGUCCACUAAGCCCACGGUCAUCUGCGGCCGUAUUCCCGAAUGCUUCAAUCAUCGCUAUGAACCCGUUAACGGGACGACCGGUGCUACCUCAGAUACCUGUUCUACCAGGUCGGCUAAGACUUUCAGACUCGGACGACGGUCAAGAUGAAGGUGAAGAAAGAGAGGGUGAUGAAUUUGAACACCCCGAUCAUAACCAGGAAGGCUAUUCAGAGGAUGAAUCACACGGUCCUGUGACGCGAGCGUACCGCCGACGACGAGAUCGAAAUCGACGACACCGCCAUGAUCCAUACGCUCAUUCUCCCACCACAGAAGCAGAGCACGCGCACGCACGGGCUCAUGUAGCAGCAAUGGCCGCAGCGGCAGCGGAAGCAGAGGCAGAUCAAGAACGUCGUGACCGUGAACGCAUCGAGAGAACCCUCGGCGAGAUGAUGGCCAGACAACGCGCAAGGGGAAGAAGCAAGAGCACAGUGUCAACCGGACUUCCAGAUCCACGACGUCACAGACAUUCUCACACCACGGACCACCGAGAAGGAGCACAACGACUGCGUCGACUCCCUACGCCGGACGGAACGGAGCUAGAAAUGGGCGUUCAUCACCACACCUACGUUGAAGACGAGGAAGACGAGGAUGACUACAUCACGAACGGAGACAGGGACAACGAUUCGGAGGCCGAACGAGACGAACUUAUGGGCCUGAUUAAUUCGAGUUUGCGAAGGCAUGUUGCGCGUGCGGACGAGGAGAAUUGGAUGUUCGGCGAGCCUUCGACCUUGGUGGGAACCAGGGUCGGAAGAGAUGAUGCUGGUGCUUAUGAGUGA